UUGUUGUAACUACUUUUCAGCAGGGAAUCGGGACGGGCCGGGAAGUAUGAAGGAGAUGGUUGGAGGUUGCUGCGUGUGUUCAGACGAGAGAGGAUGGGACGAGAAUCCUUUGGUCUACUGUGACGGGCAUGGUUGCAAUGUUGCUGUUCAUCAAGCUUGUUAUGGAAUCGUUCAGGUCCCAACUGGACCGUGGUUCUGCAGGAAGUGUGAAUCUCAAGAGCGUGCUGCCAGAGUACGAUGUGAACUCUGUCCCCACAAAGAUGGUGCCCUCAAGAGGACUGAUAAUGGAGGUUGGGCCCACGUAGUGUGUGCCCUGUACGUUCCUGAGGUGCAGUUUGCCAACGUUAUCAGCAUGGAGCCCAUUGUAUUGCAGUACGUUCCCCAUGAACGCUUCAACAAGACCUGUUACCUCUGUGAAGAACAAGGGCGAGAGAGCAAGGCAGCGACGGGAGCCUGCAUGACCUGCAAUCGACAUGGGUGUCGGCAGGCAUUCCAUGUCACUUGCGCCCAGAUGGCUGGCCUUCUGUGUGAGGAACAAGGCUCCGAAAUUGACAAUGUGAAGUACUGCGGCUAUUGCAAGUACCAUUUCAACAAAGUGAAGAAAAGUCGGCAUUCAGCUAACACAGCCUAUGACCAAGGCCUCAGUGAUUCAUCCUCUCACUCUCAAGAUAAACUGAGCUCCCUGUAUGACAGACAGAGAAAGAGCCGAAAGGACAGGGAGCGGCCAAAGCAGAAAGUGAAGAAAGCUGCAGAAUCUUUGAGCACGGUUGUGAGCACAGUCACUGUAACAACAGAGAAGACUUGCACAAGUGCCAGCAGCAGCAGCAGCCGUAACUACAAGUCGGGCACCACGAGAAGUUUGGAUGAAGCCACACCCACCUUUGCCAGCAAACACUUCCAGAGACCGUCCGCGCCACUCGUGAGCGGGAAGGAGACGGCAGAGGUGGCCAGGUCAGAGGUCAAAGGGAAGAAGGCUCCCAGCCAUGCCUCCGGUCAGCGGGGACGAAAGCCGGGCGGAGCCAAAAGCACAGCGAGCGUUGCCACGGUUUCCUCGCCCAGCCUGUUUCAGCAAGGCAAUCUCCUGAGCACCUCCAGCACUGGACUGCAGCCUUCCCAGGAGACCGGGGUAUUUCCCAAGCCCGACCUGCGUGGGGAGGCUUAUCCGGCUGCCCGGGAUUCUUCACAGACUCCGGUGCCGUACGACGCGCCGAAAUCGGACGUCUUCAGUGCCGAGGGAUCCCUGUCGGGCUUCAGCUCGUUGAUGCGCUUUGGCCCCACUCCCACGGCCCAGAAGAAGGCCUCGGAGAGCUCACCGGGGGAGUUCCGGCCUUCUGGCGGAAUGGGCGGCCCUUCCACUGGGGCUCCCGGCUACAAGCGGCCUCAGCCGGUGGCUGGGCUGGAGGAGGAGGAGACGGUGAAGGAGAAGAAGCACAAGGGCAGCAAGAAGAGCCGGCACGGACGGGGGAGGCCAAAGGGCAGCAAAAACGAUAGCAGCACCAGCCUGGCCAUCCCCAUCUCCCUCAUAACGUCGUCGGCAACCGAUCCCACUGGAUGCAUCACCAGCCCUGCCUUGCCAAAGUUAACGCCGUCCACCAGCCUGAGUGGUUCCAUUCCAAGCCUGUCAUUGGAACCUUCACUUCUGGGUUCAGCGAGUUCCCUAUCUCGGCCUGGGUGGCGAGGGAGCCACAGAGUGGAAGCGAGGUCCUUUCACCCAGGAAAGGAGAGGCGAUUUGAGGGUAUCUAUGCAAAUAAGGAGAUCCCCCUGUCGCUCAGUGGUGGUGUGUUAGGAGUUGGCUGCAGCACUCCGCUCUCCUCCAACAUCCUCACUCAUCACCGCGCCUCCCACCUGAUGCACCUCAACUGUCCGUCGCUGCCCACCUGUAUGGCUGCCACUGCCUCCAUCAGUUCCUCCCAGGUGUUUUCCCUACCUGGCUCAUCAUACAGCCUGACUCCUUCCAAUGUGUUUGGAGGACCAAUUACUCCAGGCUCAUCCAUCUCCUCACUUUUGAAUCCUGUGGAAAGUGGUCAAACAGAGCCGGAUCUCGAUGACAACGAUUGCAGUUUUAUCUGCAGAGGCAGUUCUUCCAGAGGAAGUCUUUCUCCAACAUCUCCCAUUGGUGGCUUGUCCAUACUCUACGAUCAAACAAUACCAAGUCAGCUGGAGAAUGUACCACAGACAACGUCCAACAUAGAAGAGCUUCUGGACAAGCACUGGAGUGGAGAAGGAGGCAUUGACAUCGUGGACAUGCUGAAGUCAUUGCACCUGCUGCAGUUGGACAACCGCCGUUUACAGGAACAGAUCAUGAGUCUCUCCGCCAAGAAGGAGCGGCUUCAGCUGCUGAAUGUCCAGCUCUCCGUCCCCUUUGCCAGUGUGACAUCCACCAAUGGCCCGUCCUCUCAAGCACAUUUAAUCAGCUCCCAGAACGCCUGCAGCUCUGAACUGCUGAACAGCAGUAAGAGUCCUCCUUCGAAGAGCAGCUUCAUAACUGAGAACUCUCUCUCCGCAUCAUCAGAGGAUCUCCGCUCUGGCUGCCACAGUAGGAGUAGCUCGUCUUCGUCCCUUCAGAGUACUCCACCUCCUGCCCUCCCCCUACUGCAGCAAAGUCCGGUCUCCCUCCAGCUCCCAGGAAUGGCCGGAAUUUCGCAGCCAGUCAACGGGUUGGCCAGGACCUGCGCGGGAAGUCUGGGCGGCGGCAGCGUUUCCACAGUGACGACCACUUUCUCCACCACGCCCACGAUGGCUGGGAUGAUGGGAUGCCCUCUGGGGGCCCAGUUGGCCAGCAAUGGUAUUGUCGGUCCUUUGAAUGGUGUGAGCCAAUCGUCUACAUCUGUGGCACCAAUCCAUAACUCCCUCGCACAUACGUCUGCACCCCUUAAUGUUCCACCAUCAACUAGCCUCUGUAACAGCGGCGUCCCCGGAAUGGGCCAGAUAUCUGACCAGCAAAGACAGUUCCUGUACCAGCAGCAGCAGCUACAACAGUUGCUGACCUCGCAGCAGUUGACUCCGGACCAACAAGCAUUGGUUUAUCAGAUGAUGCAACAGCACAGACAGCGGGAGCUCCAACGGCUGCAGAUGUCUGGAGCGUCACAACUCCCCGUCAACAACCUGGCUCAAGGAUCACCAUCCCUACCUGUCCACUCGGACCCAAGCUCCUUCAUUUCCGUUCACGCCGACAACAGUGCACAGAAAGCUCAGAGGCUGAACGAUAAAGUCAACCAGGAAAAGAGCUGACAACAUCCUCGGGCUGAUUUUGGAUCUUACUAUUCACUUUUCCUGAAGUCAGAGGUCACGGGUCAAGAGUUGGACAGCCUCGGAUAUCUGCUGCCGAACAACGGACUCUUGCACAGGGGAGGCACAAGAAAACAAGCUGGAAACAAGUUGCACAAGGGAACUCGCUGCAUCCUCUCAGGAAACACGAGUAAUGCUUCUUUGGGAGGGGGCUGGGUUGCUUACUGAAGGCUUAGGCUUUCUCGAUCAGCGUUGAGAGGCAGCCUUUGCACGGUAACAAGUCAUCAGAAUCACCACCGCAGAACUCGGUUCUGGUAUUGUGAAACUGAGGAACGUGGACCAUUGCUGCUGUACAGAAAUUCAGAGAUGCAAAAUCAGAGGAUGGGAAGGAUUUCUAAGAUGCCAUCUACACAUCUGAACAUACGGUUAGCAAUAUCUGUGGCAUCCAAGUGACUAGUCUUAUCCCCAUAUGGUCCUCUGUGGCAAAUAUUUUUAUUUCUUUUCUUUUUGCGCAUAUGUAUACGCGCUGAUGGAAUUUUGUCUUUCUCAUUUCCAACACAGGCAACUGGCAGAGGAGUAAAUUAAUGGGGAAGAAGUUCUCUGUCAAUUGCAUGUGCUAAACACGUGAUGUGGUGUUGAAUGUGCAUUGAACUUUAGUUCCAUUGGUUCAGUGGAACCAAAUUUUGGAAGCGCAAACUUACUGUAUCACUUAUUUAGCCCAGCGACCAUGAAUUUCCAGUCCAGUGUCUUUACUGAGAUAAAGCUGUGAGGUAGUGGUUGGGUGACUGCUGGGAUAAGGCUGACUUGCCUGGACUGAGACCCCCUCCACUCCAGGCCCACAAACCAUGCAAAAGCAGCAUGAGUUGGGAGUGAAGUAUUCCCAAGGUGGCCUGUACCAGAUGUUUCAUCUGGGAUAAUACCAAGCAAUAUUUUUUGCAUAGGAGAGAUUUUUUUGUUAAUACUUGUAUUCACUCUGAUCAUGUGGGCCAGAUCUGUAAUUAUCACCCCUCCCCUUAUUAAAGUGACUGUACUGGGGCAAACCUCGAGAACUGCCACAGCCCACAUGGUGAAGGUGCUCUUGCAGUGCUGGUAGGUAGCAAGUCCCAACAUUUUGACCCAGUGAUGCUCCAUUCCCUGGGUAUCAAUUUUAACCUGGCAAUGGAUCACGUGUCCCUUCUAAUUAAGGGAUAUGGGAUUGAGAGACCUGGAGUUAACAUGAAACAAGAAAACUUUUCCUGCCGGAGAGCGAUGCAGACUUGAACUCCAACCUGGAAAUGCUCAGCAGCUUGUGAAAGAGAGUGGGUGUAGAAGAGAGAGGUGCGAACCUCUCAGAUACUGACAACGCCGCAGUUGAACUGUGUAGGUCCAGGACUAGGUGAGCUAUUUCCCAGCACAUCUUGAGCACCAGCUCAGAUAAAGGCCACAGCUUGGAGACCAUUAACCACUGGCUGAAUGCCUUACCAGUUGGAACUCCCUCUGUGAAUUGGCAGUCCCUUUUCCCUUUCACUGGGAAACUCCCCACCCUAAACCUGGCCACUCCCAUAUCCUCUUCAUCGUCACUUAAAGUCUUAAAGUGUUGUUACAUUUAUUGUUUCUUUAACAGCCUGUUCAGGGAGCUGAUCUGUAAUCUGUUUAACACACAGGUGCUUUGCUCGGACCUUGCAACAGACAAGGAUUCAUGCCAUUUUUCAAAAGAUUUCAGGAUAUUGUACGGAAAUUGGUUCACUGCUUGAUUGAGGGUCCAGGGGUGUGGGAGCUCCCAGGCCAGUGGAUAGGGGUGGGGGAGAGCUGGGAAAGGGUGUCUAGAAGCUCCCUCAGGUAUCUGGUCAGGAGAACUCCCCGGGGCUUGUGGGGUUUUCUCAGCACUCUGGAAAACCUAAAGGAGAGCCAAGUGUGUGGGAGUUACCCAAGGAACCUGGAGUCUGGUCCUUUUCCAGUUGGAGCUUUCCUGGAGUGGGUGUAUGGCAUCUCUAGGUGGUGUUGGCAAAGCUCUAGGGCAGUUCCAAGUGGCCAAGUUAAACUCUCACUAAUCCUAAUGGAGUUAUGCUGGGUGGAUGCGUUCAAACCCCUCUGUGAAGGAAGUGUGGGGACUAUACCGAGACUGCCACCAAUCUGCCCCUACAUGGUCCCGCAGCCAGAGGAAGACGGGGUCAGUACCAACUCCAGAUUUGUCCCAUUGUUGAGAACUGUCCAGGUUUUGCCGGCAGGCUUCACUCUCUUCCCCCUUGGGAUCUUGCUCUGCACCUGGGUCGCCUGAGGAAUAAACCCUGUAGCAGUGAAAGCAGUUCCCUCACCCCCGCAGAGUUUCAGCUGUCAACUGGGGAUCUACAGCCACUCAUCCCAGCUCCCAAUUCCCAAAGGUGGGCAGUCCCGGCUGGUUGGGUUUGGGACAGGAGGGUAAAACCUGACUUGUGAUAGUUUUGUUGCUGUCUUACAAAAUCUUGCACUUUAUAUGGAAAGGUGAAUGCUAUGCAUCUAUGAUUUAGAAUAGUUUCCUAGGCUCCUAGGUUUCUUUCUUUGUGUGUGUCUGUAGGACGUGUAAACGAGUGUGUGAACACGCCCCUGUGUGUGUGUUGGGACUGGUUGGGACAGAGGGAGAGCAAGCAUAGACAUCACUUCAUCUCACUGUCCCAGGUCAGAUAGCGAGCUCAAGUCUAUCAGGUGUAGGGGCUGGAUCCUGAAGUAAAGGCAGAUGGACGGACCAGUGUUCUCUCUCAUGGUUCAAGUCGCUUUGCCUGAUCUUUUUAAAUCAAGAAUUCCAGUUGUAAUAUUCUAAGGCAGGACUCCUCUCUUCCUCUGGUUACACUGCACUUUAACCCUUGAAUGACACAGCCCUAAAUGAGGAUAAGGUGACCCCAUCGCCUCCUCCACGUUUCAUCUAUCCGGGUGUAAGUAGUGUCAAGAGGGCAGGAUGUGUUGUCGAUGGGAUCUGGCAUUUGGCUGAUGUGGGCUCGCAACCCAGGGUAUGAAGGCGCAACCCUGCCCGCUUUUUGAACCGCGUCUCGCUUCUUGGGGAUGGGUUGGGGUUAAGGAGACAUUGCUGCAUGUAGAAAGCGCCAGAGCAGUAUCCUCCUCUGCAGACAGGAGCGACCUCACAGUUGUUGGUUUUGCUUAUGCCAACCCAUCAGAUUUGGACUGGAGUUUCCAGAGUUUCCGGAGAGGAAUCUUAAUCCCCAGGGCACCAUUCGGUGUUUUGCCAAACAGUUCAUGAAACACAAAACAUGUGCAGAAUGGGUGGAGAGGAGGAGGGGUUUGUCGACUGACACCUUGCGUUACUGAGGAAAGCCCCAGCCAGAGUAGCCGUGAGUGGGUGGACUAGGAAUGGGAAAGGGUGAAGGAAGGAGGAGUACUGACUCUGGAGGCUGAGUGUCUUUCUAAUCCCCACAUCGCAAGGGUAGCGACAGAACGGGCUUCCCAUUGAAGCAGUGGUGCACUCCCUUCGUUCUGAAAAAGGUGAUGCAUUGGAAGUUUCCCGUGAGAGUCCAGGAUUAUAUACCUUCUUGCAAACCGCCUCAAAAGAGUUGAGUUUGGACCUCGUGUGGACAUUAACAGCAUCAGUUUCUGUCUGAGAAAACACCGUUAGUUAGUAGCGGUACCCUUAUAAGCCUUGUGAAUUAGAUUUAAUGUCCUUGUAUGUGUAGUAAGUAUAAUGCCUUCUGCACUGUCUCAUUGUCUACAGGAGAGAGGCGUAUCUUAGUGAUUGUUCAUCGCUGGCUUCUGUCAUCCGACCAUUAAGGUAAAUAGGAAUGUAGAUUGGACCAAAUGUUACCAAAUCUUCAGGAUUGGCCUGAAAUCAGCAGAAAGUCAAGGAUUAGCUCAAGCAAGCCCCAGAGUAAAAUCAUGGGAGAGUUCUCUUGGAAAGGUUUUGCUUGCUGUAUUGGAAAGAAUGGCAGGAAGACCAAGAGUCAAGCAACUGCUAGAGCCUGCUUGUUUCCCCUGGUUGGUGAGCUGAGGCGAGGGUGGAUAUGUCAGUGGGAACUGGGCAGUUGGAGGUCAAGGGCGGUGUGUUGAAACUUCCAGCAAUGUGCAAGAGUUGGCAAUGCACGAGGUGGAAGGCUACCGUGGUCAGUUGGAACUGGGCAGUUGGAGGUCAAGGGCGGUGUGUUGAAACUUCCAGCAAUGUGCAAGAGUUGGCAAUGCACGAAGUGGAAGGCUCCCGUGGUCAGUUGCAGGCAGCUGAGCAACCCCCAUAACACCAUGUCCAACAUUGGUUCAACCCCAGGUGUGAGAGUGAGUGUUCUGAUUGUAAUUCUCCACUGUAUCUGCUCCCAUGGCUCAUGGGCUUCAUGUGAAUGUGUCCAUCACCAGUCACAUAAACCCUCGUUGGGAGUCAGAGGAUCUGUGGAUUUUCAGGGCCCCCUAUCCCUUGCAAGGUACAAUUGGCUGUACAAGCUGCAGAUUUCAUCAGUAGUAAAGGGUUGGGUUGGCGAUGAAGUUUGGUCAUGUUUUGCUGUCCAUCAUCAUGUGUUCCUGUGCACUUUUAUUUUAAACGUGAGAGCAGUGGGCGUCUUGUGAUUGGCGAUCGUGUGCCGCACUCUCGUCUGGUCUAGCUGCUUUUGGUAGAGUUACCCAAACUGGUGUUUAACUGUAGCUGCAGACAUAGGGUGAAUAAGUGCAGAAAACAUCGUCUUUGUAAAAAAAAACUUUUCCUUUUUAGAACGCAGCAUGUUUAUAAAAUGUAUCAUGCUUUUUUUAAAAAAAAGAAUCAUUUGCUACAUUCAACACGUUAAUCUUUUAUAGAGGUUUAUCCUAGGAUAGGGCACCCACUGUGACACUGUGAUCGGGGUCACCAGGCUAUGCCUGGUCUGCUGGGUUGAAUGUAGGAGGUGUUGAAGUUUUCCUCAGACUUUGCCCGGUGGUUCUUGCUCCCGGGCCCUUGCUGUAAUAAGCUGACUAUGGAUGGGAAGAUGGGAUGAUGCCUCCCACAGUGGAAUUGCAAGCCCACUCUCCCCACCGGGCCCUGGUCUACAGAGAAGGAAUGGUUUAAGGAAAACGACACAUCCAGGCAGAGAGCAGAUGAAUCCUUUAGCAGGUGCUUUUUGUUCAGUAAUCUGACGGUCAGGACACCGGGUGUGGGUUGUACAGGGGAUUCAUCUGACUUGUAAAUAAACUCAUUUCAAAUAUUAUUUGUCAAAAGCAUAAAAAUCUAAAUAUGCUCAUUUGUAAUAUUUCUAUGGAAGACAUUUUGCUUAGAGAUUUAUCUGUGUGGUUUUAUUUAUUGUUUUUGUUUUGUUUUAAAAAAAUAACUUUGGAAUUAUACACAGAACUGUGUAGAGAUCCCGGAUGGCCAUGUUGUCUCAGAGCAACGUGUGAGCUGAGCAAAUGUAAGAGAGAUAUUUUGCUAUGAAGGAUUACAUUUUUACUAAAAAAAAGAUUGUUCA